AAUGUAUUGAGCAAUAGCCAGUUCCUGUACGCCACAGUUGACACCCAGUUUAUUGACGAGAACCAAGAACUUUUCAACCUCAAACCUACACAGAACAGAGCCCAGAAACUCCUGCACUAUCUGGGUCACACAAUGGUAAAUGGACCCAUGACUCCUAUUCCAGUGAAAGCCAAAUCUUCACCUGUUGAUCCAGGCGUUCCUUCUGUUUCUCUGGGAGUUGGCAGUAGUGUAGAGCUGACAAAGUUAUUUCCAUUUUUCUUCACUCUCUCUUUCUCUAGAUUCUGCGAGGUAGCCAAAGAGAACGGAAUGGAUAUCUUCCGUGUCUUUGACUCCUUGAAUUAUAUUCCCAACAUGCUUUUGGGGAUGGAAGCAGCAGGGGCAGCGGGAAGCGUGGUGGAGGCGGCCAUUUCUUACACGGGAGACGUGUCUGAUCCCAUGAGACAGAAAUACUCACUGGAGUACUAUUUGAAGCUGGCCAAUGAGCUAGUUAAGGCUGGAACACACAUACUGGCUAUUAAGGACAUGGCUGGCCUGUUGAAGCCAGAAGCUAGCCGUUUACUGAUUGGAGCAUUGCGGGACCGUUUUCCUGACGUCCCUAUCCAUGUUCACACUCAUGAUACGGCGGGUGUAGGAGUUGCUGCAAUGUUAGCCUGUGCACAAGCAGGUGCAGAUAUAGUGGACGUAGCAGUGGACUCGAUGGCAGGCAUGACCUCUCAACCGAGCAUGGGUGCCAUCGUCGCCUGCACCAGAGGAACCAAACUUGAUACUGGUGAGUGGAAAAGAAACGUGUAA